AUGACAUCAUGCAACAUCGUCUUAGCACCAUCAUGGUGCCCUUUUACCGAUCUCGAGUACACCAGUGAUGUUGUUAUAUUCGCAGACAGUAGCACGACACUUCAACAUGUUGUCAAUCUUGAAUCGAAGCUCUGUACGACCUAUGAACUACGUCUGUGCCCUGAUGUGUGUAAGCAGAUGUGGGUCUCUUUAAGGCUUCCACAAAUCCAAAAAUCAGAGCAAGCGGGCGGUCGAUUCAGUUCGUCGAAUUCGUCGAUGAGUUCUGUUACUUUGGUCAAAGUGUUUGAGGUCAGCUCCCAUCGCCGAAUUUACGCUGCGGGUCUGGUCAUCCGCUAUUCGCCUUAUCACGAUGUGUAUACCGGAGACUUGUUCAGCUCCGUCAAUAGUGAUGGCGAAGCUCGACGGAAGGGAUGCUACUUGAUUACACGUGGCCCAGCGUAUGCCACAGUGAAGCUCUCUACGAUCUUGAUGUUGUGUACCGGUGGAUAA